CAUCCAUCCACUCCCACUGGAGCAGAAACACGACUCCUGCCCGCACUCAAACCCCCAGCACUGGCUCUAACACACGGCUGGAGGGGCUCUUUGUCUCCAUUUCGAGUUUUUUUCCUGGUGGAUUCAGCAUGGAGAGCAGCUUGACACAUCCAGAAAAACCGACGAGCACGCGCUCCUGAAACUCGCGGGGACGAGCAGCUACAAACUGGAUUUUAGCGUUCAAACAACAGCCCAGAAAUUGCAGUAUUUGUACAUACGCGAACUUUUAAGCCUUUAAUUUAUUUAAAUCGCGUCCAUCAACUUUAAACAUGGGUUUAUGGACGAGAAGACACGGACGCAAACUUGCAAACGCGGAGAAUGUUUUGCUAGCGCUCACUUUGAUCGGCGAAGUGAUUAUGGCACAGGCUGCCUCUUUCUACUUCACCAACAAGCCAAAACCCCAGGACGCUCUGCACGGGCGCAGUGCCAUGCUGCGGUGUGAAGUAAACGACCCUCAGGGUGUUUCCUACGCCUGGAUCCACAACGGAGAGGCGGUCACAAACUCAGAACGACGCUUUCUGGAUGGAGGAAACCUGAAGUUCACUGCCAUCGACCGGACGCUGGACUCUGGAAACUUCCAGUGCAUCGCCUCUAAAAACAGCACUGGAGAGGAGGAGCGCACGACCGAGACCUCCUUCAACAUCAAGUGGUUGGAAAGUGGUGCGGUGAGUCUGAAGAGUCCAGAGUCAGUGGCAGAGAUUCAGAGCUCCUCACAAGUGAUACUGCGCUGCAACAUAGACGGACACCCACGGCCGACCAAUCGCUGGUUUAAAGACGGGACACAAAUAACAGAGAAGAACUACAAAAUCAACAACAAAGAGCGAAGCCUUACGCUGCCGAACGCCAGUCCGGAUGAUAACGGCCUUUACUACUGCUGUGCUAAAAACGCAGCAGGACAAGUGUGCAGCAACGACAACUUCACACUCAACAUUAUAGAUAAGAGUUUCCCUCAGCCGCUGGUGAAACCUGAAGAUCUGGUGGUGAUGAAGAAUGAAGAAGCUCUUUUCCACUGUCAGUUCACAGCCGAGCCGAUUCCCGCUGUUGAGUGGUACCAUGAGAAUGAGCUGGUGGCAAACAAGAGCCGGGUGUUUAUCCUGAGCAAUGGCUCUCUGUUGAUCACUCAGGUGAAGCAGAGAAACACAGGCCUGUAUAAAUGUGUGGCUCAGGGGCCCCGGGGCCCACCUGUCUCCCUCGAGGCCUCGCUGCGGAUCGCAGAAAUCGAGGACAUGAUGGCGAAGCAGUCUCGUGUGUUCAGUGCUGAUUCUCUAGAGCGGGUCACCUGUCGACCUCCCUAUGGACACCCGCAGCCCGAGGUGUGGUGGGAGCGCGCGGGACAGAGGGUCCCAGACCAGGGCAGAGUUUAUCAGGAUGGACACGACCUGAUCUUCAGUCCCACGCGUGGAGAAGACUCUGGCAUCUAUACAUGCUUUGCUCAAAACAAGGCUGGACAGAAGAAACAAGAGCUGACCGUCACUGUGGCCACCAAGCCGGAGUGGGUCCAGAAGCCAGUGGACAGUCAGCUGGAGGAAGGUCGCGCUGGGUUCCUGCACUGCCACACGCGAGCCAACCCCGAACCACAGGUCACAUGGUACCGCAACUUGCAGCCAAUCAGCGCAGAGGACGUCCGCUUCAAGCUCUUCUCCAAUGGGACUCUUCGUAUAAAUAACGUGGAGGUGUAUGACGGCCACAUGUACAGCUGCGAGAGCAGAACGGAGGCAGGAAGAGUGAAUGCCCAGGCGAGGGUUUUUGUGCUUGAGCGUCUGAAGUUCACGCCAACACCGCAGGCCUACCAGUGCCUGGAGCUCAAUAAAGAGGGAUUUCUGCAGUGUUCAGCAAAGGGCCGACAGACUCCCACCAUCCGCUGGAUCAGGACAGAUGGCAGUGAUAUGGCAGUGUGGGUGGAGCAGCAGAGAGGAUCACUGCACUUCACCACAGUUACCCGAGCAGAUGCUGGAAACUACACCUGCCUCGCCACCAAUGACCAGCAGGGGGAGAUCCGAGCCGUCGUGCAGCUCACUGUCGCAGUGUAUGUGGUGUUCAAGCUGAAGCCGGAGAAUACUACGGUAUAUCAGGGACACACCGCGGUACUUCACUGUCAGGCCACUGGAGAUCCUCCACCCUUCAUCCAGUGGAAGAAAAAGGACAAGUUCUUGGAGGCGGGCAAGAGCAGGUUCCAGAAGAUGGCCAACGGCUCUCUGGUUAUUCAUGACGUGAGCACGGAGGACACCGGCAGCUACACGUGCAUCGCGGGAAACAGCUGCAACAUCGCGCACACUUCUGCGGAGCUCUACGUCGUGGAAAAACCAGUGCAGCACUCUUUAUCAGACGAUGAAAAGACCCCUUAUAAAAUGAUCCAGACCAUCGGCCUGUCGGUGGGAGCGGCCGUCGCUUACAUCAUCAUCGUUCUGGGCCUCAUGUUUUACUGCAAGCAGAGACGCAACGCCAAGAGGCUCCAGAAGGGGCAGGACGGAGACGAGCGAGAGGUGGAGUGCCUCAACGGGGAAGUUCAACAAAAUGGCCACACCACUGCAGAGAUCCAGGAGGAGGUUGCCCUUACCAACAUGGCUGCCGCGGGGAACAACAAACGCCACAGCAGUCACGAAUCCAAGCUCCAAUUCCCUCGAAGCAACCUGCACACCAUCACCACACUAGGUAAAGGAGAGUUUGGAGAAGUGCUGCUGGCCAAAGCGAAGGCCGCUGAGGAUGAGGAGGAGAUGGUGGUGCUGGUCAAGAGUCUGCAGACGCGCGAUGAACAGAUGCAGAUGGACUUCCGGCGAGAAUGCGACAUGUUUGCCAAACUCAGCCACAGUAACGUCGCUCGUCUGCUGGGAAUCUGCAGAGAAGUGGAGCCGCACUACAUGAUCAUGGAGUACACCGACAUGGGUGAUCUGAAGCAGUAUCUGAGAGUCUCCAAGAGCAAAGAUGAGAAAGUCAAAGUCCAGCCGCUCAGCACCAAACAGAAGGUGUCCGUGUGUCUGCAAGUUGCUCGAGCGAUGGAGCAUCUCUCCAACCAGCGAUUCGUCCACAAAGACCUGGCUGCCCGCAACUGCCUCAUCUCCUCCAAACGACAGAUCAAAGUGUCUUCUCUGGGCCUCAGCAAAGACGUCUACAGCAGCGAGUAUUACCAUUACCGGCAGUCCUACAUCCCUCUGCGCUGGCUGCCGUCUGAAGCCGUCUUCGAGGACGAUUUCUCCACCAAGACAGAUGUGUGGUCAUUCGCUGUGCUCAUGUGGGAGGUCUUCAGUUUCGGGGAAAUGCCCUACGCUGACCUUACUGACGAUAAAGUGCUGGAAGCUCUGCAGGAUGGGAAGCUGAAGCUGUGUCCUCCACAGGGCUGUCCGUCUCGAGUCUUCAAGCUGAUGGUUCGCUGCUGGGCCGCCAGUCCUAAAGACCGACUGUCCUUCAGCGAAAUCUGCAGCGCUCUCAGCGAUCUGCCCUCCGAGAGCAAAGUCUGACACACUCACAGCAUCCGCAAGCCAUCAUUUCAGGAGAAAACGCCACCCUAAACCUUCAGAUUCCAGAAAGAAUGCAAAAAAUGACUUGAUUUGAUUAUUUUAUGACCAUAUCCUCCUUUUAUAGUACGUAUCGGUUCCUCAAACAUUCGGUUCUUGAACAAAAAAGCAGCCCUACACUGCAAACAAAUGCUUUUCUGACCUAGUUAUCUUGUUUCUAGUCCAAGUAUCUUAACUUUUUUAAAUCAAGAAGCAUUUUUAGACAAGCAGAAAAUAUUAGUUUUGUUUAUUCUGAAAUGAGUCAAAAUGAAGUGAGUCUUUAGGUUAAAACAAGCUAAAUAAUCUGCCAAUGAGGGAAGACAGAUAAUAUUAUUCCAAAACAAGAGUGAGAUUAUUCUGCUUCCCUCACUGGCAGGUUAUUAAGCUUGUUUUAAUGAAACAUUUGGAUUCGUUCUGAAAACAAGACUAUAUUUCUGGCUUAUAUAGAAAAGGCUUCUUGAUUUAAGAAUUUUGGGAUAUUUGGACUAGAUACAGGACUAAAACUCUAAGUCCGAAAAGCAUCAUUUGCUGUGUAUCAUGUCUGGAGGAAGAAAUGUGGUGACCUAAAGUGCGUUUGUAAUAAUCAAACUGUGCACUGACAAGUUUUAUAUAGUAGAAGGAUUGUCUCGGGAGCCUCUUAAUUUAUUUAAAAGGUCCUGUUUGUUCAAUGUACAGAAAGGUACUGUUUAUAUGACUUUUGUAUGAUGUUUAUGCCUUUUUAUAUAUAUAUAAUUCAGAAGUACUCAUAGAAACGGCUAUUGAGAAAGCGUUAAAGGAACACUAGACUUUUCUGUUGGGAAAUAGCUUUAUUUUACAACUAAUCUAGAGUUAAAUAGGGGAGUUUUAUCUUUUCUAAAUCCAUUCCACCAAUCUCCACUUUUAGCUUAGCUUAGCAUAAAUCAUUGAAUCGGAUUAGACCGUUAGCAUCUCACUCAAAUAAGCCAGAGUUUUAUUAUUUAUUUAUUCUUUUUACUAUUUAAAGCUUGAUUCUUCUGUAGUUACAUCAUGUACUAAGACUGACAGAGAAUAAAAGUGGAUAUUUUCUAGGCUGAAUAUGGCUAGCAACUAUAUUCCCAUUCUGGCGUAAUAAUCAAGUAACUUAGCUGCGGUAGCAUAACUUAAGCAGCAUGAAAUUAGAAAAUAACUUCUGUAAAUGUAAAUCAAUGUGCCUUGCAGUCAUGGAGACAUUUCUGAGAGAAAAGUCAAGCUUUAAAUAGGAAGAUUUUAAAAACUCUGGUAAUUUUUUUACGAAAUGCUAAUGGUCUAAUCCAAUUCAAUAAUCUAUGCUAAGCUAAGCUAAAAGUGCUCCUGCCAGACCUGGAGAUCGGCUGAAUCAAUUAAAUAAAUGGUGAAACUCAUGUGUAUAACUCUAGAAGAGCUCUUUGGUCAUUUUUAAGCAAGAUGCUAACGGUCUAAUCCUUUUCAAUGAUCUAUGCUAAGCUAAGCUAAAAGUGCUCCUGCAAAACCUGGAGAUUGGUUAAAUCGAUUUAAAAAAUGGUGAAACUCACGUGUAUAACUGAGAGCUCUUUGGUUAUUUUUGAGUGAGAUGCUAAUGGUCUAAUCCGAUUCAAUGAAUGAUGCUAAGCUAAAAGGGCUCCUGCCAGACCCAAAGAUCGGUUGAAUGGGUUAAAAAAUUGUGAAAAUUCUACUAUUAAACUCUAGGUUAAUUGCAAAAUAAGCUAUUUUUGGAAAAGGUGGAUUGUUUCUUUAAUAAUUGAUGUUGACAAUGAGUGAAAAAUUCAAGUGCCUGUAAAAUGAAGGAUGUCUUGAUUUCAGUAUGCUGUUUGUUACGACUUGGAAAUUCCUUGAAUGUUUGUUGUUUUUUUUAUACAUUUAUAGUGUUUUUAUUACUUAGAAUUCAGUGUUUUAUCCUGUAAUUGCUACUCAAAUGUUACAUAUCGGUUUCUAUAAAAUUCCAGAGGUCUUCUUGACGCGGAGUAAAAAUAGUGAACAAAAGCUUCUGUCGCAUACUCUGCUUUUGCAAUAAAAAAAUUUAACAGAG